AUGGCCGUCGGCGGCAAUAGCCGGCCGGCAGCAGCCUACUUCUGGAGGGCGGCGGCAAAGGCCAGCCGGCCGGCGGCAAUCCCCCUUUUGGAGGACGACGAUGGGCAGCGCAGCAAUGUCCUUCAUAGCUUGAGACUGUGCGGAGAGAUGGAGGGGCAGCGUGCGGCAGUGGGGAGAUGGAGGGGUGCCAACGGUAGUAAGGGAGGCAACAAGAUAGGGGGAGAUGGAGAUGGAGUGAGGGAGGAUGGGCUCAUGGCGACGGGUGUGGUGGGGGCGUGGUGGCCAGGGUCACGGUCCUUCUGGAUUGUCUCCCGUCCUCCCCAGUGCAGUCCACUACCGCACCUUGCUUCUCCCCCAACGCUCGUCUCGAACUCCCUCCUCCGGCUGCUCCUCCUUCUGGCCACCAGCUACCGUACCUCCAGCACCCCAUCAGCAUCCCUCAACCAUCUCAGGCUGUUGCAAUGGUGGAUCCGUAGCUGCCUCCUCCUUCCCAGCCUCGGAGAACUCCAGGCCGCAGUCCUGCCGGCGUCGGAGUCGGCUCCACCACCUCCCCUCUCCGACCGCCCAUUUGGCCACCUCGAGAACUUGAUGAUGGCAGCUGCAGAGUCUUUAUCUUGGUCAGACCUCCCUCCAGAGUUCCUGGGCCUUGUCCUUAGGCGCCUCCCCUCCCUAGCUGAUCGUGUUCGACUGAGAGCAGUCUGUCACCCAUGGCGCUCCAAUGCUAGACUGCAGUCCCUACCCCCUCCACUCCCGUGGCUCACGCUCCUUGAUGGGACCUUUCUGAGCAUCCCAGAUGGUGAAAUCAUCCGAAUGGCUGUACCAGAUGAUGCGCGCUGCUAUGGUUCCAUUGACAACUGGCUCUUCCUAAUGCAAAUAGAUGGAGGGUGCUCAUUGAUGAAUCCUUUCUCAAAAGCAACACUGGACCUUCCUAAGCUAGCCACUGUUUGGCGUGAAGACUGGUUCAAUGACUACCCCCGACGUAAUCCUCUAUUUUAUAAGGUGGUGGUUCCCUCACGCCUAGACACCUCACCAGAAUCCCUUGUUGCUGUGCUGAUCUUGGACGAUGGUAAUGGCAGUAGAGUUUGUAUUUGCCAGCCACCAGUUGCUACCGACAUGUCCACAGGUGGGAGCAUGGAACCGUCCAGGUACCUGCAUGAUGUUGUGUUCUUCAAUGGAAAGCUGUAUGGAGUUGCUUCUUGUGACAGGCUUCUUUUGUUUGAGAUUGGUUAUGACCUUGGCAAUAAACCUAAGAUCUCAUCCACAGAACGCAUAAUCAGCCCAAUGGAGCAUUUACGGGACUUGCCCCACUCCUUAUCCAGAGAAAAGACGUAUAUGAUAAGGGAAUAUGUAGUUGAAUGUUGUGAUAGGCUGUUGAGGGUUACUCGAUUUAUUCACAAUGAUUGUCCCUCUUCCAGAAGUCUUUUCUUCGAGCAUGAUCGCACUGUUGGAUUUACUAUCUUUGAGGCAGAUUUGAGCACGAAUCCUGGUCAAUGGAGACGAGUCAAUAAGUUGGGUGGCCAUGCACUUUUCGUUGGCCGGCAUUGCUCUAAGUCUCUUGCUGUUGAUGGGUACAAUGGUAUUCAAGAGGAUUGCAUAUAUUUCAUGUGUGACUAUCCUUGGCCAGAUUACCCCGGAGAUCCUCUUCGUGACUCUGGCGUGUACAACAUCAGAAAUGGGAUGAUUACUCCGCUGUUGUCUCAGAACGCACCAGUGCCGCAUUAUAACGGUGGCCAGUGGCAUCCAACAUGGAUAUUUCCUGCUGAUCCUAUAUAA